AUGUCGGCCAUUUCAAGGUGCAUUCGCCCCGUUUCAGCAGUUCGCACUUCUACAUUCUUGAACAAUGGCUUCCGUCGGUAUUCAAGUGCAGCAAAGACCCCGCUACCUCUUGAAGGGUACCGCGUCCUGGACAUGACCCGUGUAUUGGCUGGUCCUUACUGCACACAAAUUCUGGGUGAUCUUGGUGCCGAGGUCAUCAAAAUUGAGCAUCCCGUAAGAGGAGAUGACACAAGAGCAUGGGGACCGCCAUAUGCCGCAUACAAGCCUGGGUCAGAAGUUGAUGGCCCUGGAGAGGCUGCUUAUUUCCUUGGAGCAAAUCGAAACAAAAAGUCUCUUGGUCUCUCUUUCCAGCAUAAAGAAGGCGUCGAUAUAUUGCACAAGCUGGUAUCUAAAUGCGAUAUUCUUGUCGAGAAUUAUCUUCCUGGCACAUUGAAGAAGUAUUCCAUGGAUUACGAGACUGUGCGCAAACUCAACCCAAGCCUCAUCUAUGCCUCCAUUACUGGCUAUGGACAAACAGGUCCAUAUUCAAGCCGUGCCGGAUACGAUGUCAUGGUUGAAGCCGAAUUCGGUCUUAUGCACAUCACUGGCCAACGAGAUGGUCCCCCAGUCAAGGUUGGCGUAGCCGUGACUGAUCUUACCACAGGCUUGUACACAAGCAACAGUAUCAUGGCAGCACUUCUGGGUAGAGCAAAGACGGGCAAGGGUCAGCACAUCGAUGUUGCCUUGAGCGAUUGCCAAACAGCUACGCUGGCCAACAUUGCUAGCAGUUGCCUAAUUAGCGGCAAGAAGGACACUGGCAGAUGGGGCACUGCGCAUCCCUCAAUCGUGCCAUAUAGGUCAUUCAAGACCAAGGACGGAGACAUCCUCUUCGGCGGCGGCAACGAUCGCCUCUUUGGUGUCUUGUGCGAUGGCCUGGGCAAACCAGAGUGGAAGGACGACACCAAGUUCAAGACAAACGCCGACAGAGUUGCCAAUCGUCAGCAGUUGGAGGCUGAGAUUGAGUCCAUAUCACAGCAAAAGACUACCGAAGAGUGGCUGCAAGUCUUCGAGGGCAGCGGCAUGCCGUACGCCGCCGUCAACGACAUACAAACCACGCUGAACCACGCCCACACAAAGGCUCGCAACAUGGUUGUCGAAAUGGAACACGAAGUUUGUGGCCCAAUUAAAAUGGUCAAUACUCCCGUCAAAUUCUCCGAAACCCAACCCACUAUCCGCUCAGUGCCGCCUAUGCUUGGCCAGCACACCGACGAAGUUCUGGGGGAGUAUCUUGGUCUGAGCAAGUCUGAUAUUUCAAAUCUGAAAGAACAAGGGGUCGUACGAUAG